GGGCCAGGAACUCAGGGGGGUGAGGCCGGACGGAGGUGACACUGGAGCCAUGAGCUGCCUCAUCCGUCCCUGCAGCACCCGGGACCUCAAGAAGGUCAUGAGACUCGUAUGGGAAAUCGCGGGGAUCUACAAGGUGCCCCCAGGGGAAGUGAAGACCAGCGAGGAGGCAUUGACCCAGGCUGGGUUUGGGGACCCGCCGCUGUUUGAGUGCUUCGUGGCCCAGUUGCCCCCAGGGCAGACAACACCUGAGGGUCACUCCAUCGUGGGCUAUGUGCUGUCCAGCUACACGUACAGCACCUGGCGUGGCCGGAGCCUCUACAUAGAUAACCUUUACGUGCAGCCACCCUACCGAGACCCAAAGGACCCAGGCAUCUGGGCUCCGGUGCCCCACUUUUACCCCCCACCCCCAAAGGACCCAGGCAUCUGGGCCCUGGUACCCCGCUCUCACCCCCACCCCGAAAGGACCCACCAGGCGGCAGUGGCACAGGGAUGCUUCCAGCUGCGGAUGCAUGUGGCCAAUGACAAGCCGGAGUCCGAGGCCUUCCUGGCACGGCGCGGGGGUCGCGACCUCACCCGCCACCACGCUUGGGCCCUGGGCCGCUUUCCCCCUGCUGCCCUGGCCCGCCUGGCCGCCGGGACCCAGGUGUUUGGGGGCCGCAGGGGGUAGGAGCCAGGCUGGGGGGGGGCAUCAGGGAACCCAGGUGUCCAGGCUCCUGGACCCUCCUGCUCCCAUCCCCAGAGGACCCAGGUGUCCAGGCUCACAGCACCCCCUGCUUAUCCUCCCCAGUGCCCCUUUGUCUCCCGGAGAACUCAGGUGUGCGGGUGGCCCCCCUACCCCCCCAACAAAGACUCCUGCCUCUGGGAUCCAGUGUCUGUG